AACGCUGUGCCCCAACUUGGCAGUGUCUCGAGGAAGAAUUAAGGAUCGCCUUCUCUCUCUAAACCCCUCUUCCUCGCUUCCCCAGUCACCAUGGCGGCCAACGGAAAUGGCAGAUCAGCUCCUGCUGCAGAAGGCGACACUGCUGCUCCCUCGUCGACAGUACCAGAAAUCGUCAUCAAGAAGCAGACCGGUGGCCGGCCAGACCUCCAGGACCACCACAACCAGCUCGACGACAUCAAGAAGGAGAUCGACACCCUGACCAACGAGCUGAGCGGAGUCAAAGCCGCGCUAGUUGGCGCCGCGCCGCCCGCUGACACGCCAGAGGGAAAGAGGCGAGCCCAACUUCUUGCCGAGCUCGACACGAUCCGGCAAAGCCAAGCUGGGAACAAGGGUGCUCGUGGAAAGGUUCUCGAUGAUGUCAAGAUCCUGCAGGACGGCCUCACUGUCAAAAUUAAGACUCUUCAAGCGGCCAAGUCCAAGUCCACCUACAAGUCUCCUGCCGAUAUCGACUCUGCCAUUGCCCGUUUAAUUGCUCAGGUGGACUCCGGCACGCUCAAGCUUGUCGAUGAGAAACGUGCCCUGGCCGAGAUCUCGACGCUGCGCAAAUCUCGCAAGGCUGUUGAAGGAUUCGCUGACCAGCAAAAGGCAAUCGACGGAGAUCGCGAAAAGAUCGAAAAGCUUCGCGCCCAGCUCGACGACCCUGCCAGCAAGGCGUUGAGCAGUCGAUUUGAUGAGAUUCGCCGAGAGCUCGACGAGAUCAAGGCAAAGACGGAAAAGUCGAGGGGCAGCAGGACAGAGCUGAUCAAGAAGCGGACAGAGCUCCAGGCUAAGCUCGACGCUAAAUGGGGUCAACGUCGGGCCCGACAGGAGGCUUUCAGAACCGAAAAGGAUGCUUUCGAGACAAAAAUGCGAGCUGAACGUGAAAAGCGCAACGAGCGCAUCAAAGAAGAGAAGAAGCAGGAGGACCAGCGCAGGCGAAAGGAGGAGGAGGCAACGCUGCGUGAGGAGGCAGCCAUGCCGGCGUAUGCCAAAGAAAUUGAGGACUGCGACGUCCUGAUCCGAUACUUUAGCGGCAAGGCUGGACUGGCAGAUGCCAACAGCAACGGAAAGUCUGCCAAGGAGAAGGAGCAGCUUCAGGGCGUCAAGGAGCUGGAAUUGCGCAAAGUCGAAGCAGACGACUCUCUCUUUGCUGGCGCACGGAUUGCUAAGAAGAAGAGCGCCCAGGAAGACGACGAGGAUGGGUACUUUGUCGGCAGCAAGGCUAAGAAGGGCAAGGGCAAGAAGAAGUCGAGCAACCGAGGAACACCGCUCUCACUGUCGUCGGAGAACGGUGCAGCGGGCGAGGAAGGUGCUGACGCCGGUGAUGCCAAGGACGGACCUCCGCUCAACGUUCCUCUUCCCACGCUCUCCGCUCUCCUGGCCCUGAACAUUCCCCCGCCAACACAUCAGGGCGAUGUGGCUCGCGUUGUGGAAAAUCUUCAGAGGAAGAAGGCCUUCUACCUGGGCGACCAAGAUCGCAAGACUAAAGAGAACAUUGCGAAAAUUGAAAAGAAGCUCGGUGCGAUGAAUGUCGACGAUGUCAGUGCACCGGCCGACGCUGCAGACGAUGCUGCUGAGGCCGCUGCCGCAGCUCCUGCCACACAAGCCGCCGAGGCUUGAGGCGCUCCACCUAUCCUAGGCUUUUUAUAUGUCACCGCUUCGCUUCCAUGUUGAACCCUUUUUUCCUCUCAUCAUUUAUUAGAC